AAUUCGCACGUGCUGGGCCCCGUGCUGGUCCCGGCCGACGAUGGCCGAAGGGGAAAGCCCCCUCCUCGGGUCCGAACGCACCAGUCUUCAGUGUUCUUUGUUCUCCGAAGACUCAGCUCGCAGCUCCCCCGAGCUGAAGAGCCGAUCGAAUCCCCUCCCCUGCCCAGAGGAGAUACGCAUUCAUAAGCACGGGAGGGCAUCGAUCUAUCGAUCAAAACCGGUGCUCGGCAGACAGGGCUGAGGACAGUGCCCUCUGUGAACUCAGGGGGCUCUUAGUGGGACUGGGGGUUUUGAGCUUAAGCGAGCGCUCCGUCCCGUUCUGACAGUCCAAUCCAUUUCAGUCCAGGUCGUGCAGUGCUGUUCGUGCAGUCGCUCGCUGAGCAUACUCGGAGAGGGCGUCUCAUCGCUUCGUGACUAGUGAGCAUCUCUGAAUCUGUCACCCGUGAGGUCGAUUUCUCGUCGGGCGCGAGGAAAGUCGACCGAGGAGAGGCUGGUUUGGAUGCCGGAGGACCGGAAGCGCACAAACCCAAGGACAAGCGGGUGCUAGAAAGCUCGUGAGAAUGGCAGCGGCGGUAAUUGGAUUCGCUGGAGUGGCGAAUCCAAUCGCGGCAGCUUCCUCGUUCAGAAGAAGAGAGCGCAAGAAUCUGAGCCAGAGCAGGUCGGCGCUAACGGGAGGCAGCAGCAGCAGCGAGCUGCGCAGCAGGGCAAGCUUGCGAGCAGGCGAGCAGAGGCGAUCGAGGCACGGGGCGAAGGUGCGAUGCGUGUCGAUCUCGAAGGACACGCCGCCCACGACGACGACGCUGCCCCUGCGAGAAAUUCCGGGCGACUACGGGCUGCCAUUCUUCGGCGCGUUCGCUGACAAGAUGGCCUACUACUGGACCGAGAAAUUGCCGAAAUUCUACGAGAACCGGCGCGACAAGUAUAAGAGCACCGUGUACCGGAUGAACACGGUGCCUGGGCCGCCGGGCUUCCCCGACCCGCGCGUCAUCAUCCUCCUGGACGAGAAGAGCUUCCCCAUCCUCUUUGACGUCUCCAAGGUCGAAAAGAAGGACGUGUUCACGGGCACGUACCACCCGGACUUCAAAUACACCGGCGGCUACCGGGUGCUCCCAUAUCUCGACCCGUCCGAGGAGAAGCACGCGCUGCUCAAAGGCUUCUGCUUCGAGGUGCUCAAAUCCAGCGGCCGGCGCGUGUUCCCGGAGCUUCACGCCAAGCUGGCGGCGGUGUUCGACGGGUGGGAGGCCGGGCUCCAGAAGGACGGCAAGACCAGCGCCACCAAGGACCUCGGCAUGGCCACGCUCCGAUUCAUCGUCACGGCGUUCACGGGCCAGGACCCGACGGCGCCCGACGUGAAGCACAGCCUGGGCGCCGGCGCGCCCACCACGUCCAAGCUCUGGCUCGCGCCCCAGAUCCUGCCCAUAUUCGUGCCGCCGGCCGGCGUGCCCAAGCUGCUGAUCCCGCUGAUCGAGCUGCUGAUCCACACGUUCCCGAUCCCGUACUUCUUCGUGAAGAGCCAGCACUCCAAGAUCUGCGACUUCUUCCGGUCGCACGCCGGGCACCUGCUGGACGUGGCCGAGUCGCAGUUCGGGCUGGCGCGCGACGAGGCGCUGCACAAUCUGGUGUUCUACACGAUCUUCAAUGCGUGGGGCGGCAUCGACAUUCUGUUCCCGAUCCUCGUCCGGCGCGUGGGGUCGACGAGCCCCGAGUUCCAGCGCGAGCUUGGCGCCGAGGUGCGCCGGGCCAUCGAGGCCAAUGGCGGCCUGAAUCCCGCUGCGCUGCGCGACAUGCCCACGGUGCAGAGCGCCGUGUGGGAGGCGCUGCGCAUCGAGCCCCCGGUGCCGUUCCAGUACGGGCGGGCCAAGGAGGAUCUGAUCGUCGAGUCGCACGAGGCCGCGUUCCAGGUGAAGAAGGGCGAGAUGCUGGCCGGCUACAUGCCCAUGGCCUGCAGGGAUCCCAAGGUGUUCACCGACCCCGACUCCUACAACCCCAAGCGAUUUCUGGGCGACGAGGGCCAGAAGCUCGUGCAGUACGUUCUGUGGUCCAAUGGCCCCGAGACGGAGGACCCGACCUUGGCCAACAAGCAAUGCCCCGGGAAGAAUUUCAUCGUCACCCUCUCGCAGCUUUUCGUGGCCGAAAUUUUCUCGCGGUUCGAGACCAUUCAGGUCGACUACGCCUCCGGAGAGUUGCGCUCUCUGAAGCGUGUGUCGUAGAGCGGCUGGAGUCGAGCCGAGCUCUUUUGUAUAAUGUACAUCACCUCGGGCUGUGUUAUCGGUGGUCGUCAUCAUCGCAGGCGACGGAUCGUGAUGCAGUUUGGAGCCCGGGCGAGCUUGGGGUAAAUUCUCGAGGUCGGAUCAUUGGCCGGGUGUCGAUGUAAGACGAAAAACGAAGAGGAGGAGAGGAAGAAGAACCUCGCACUGUUUGUAGAAUAGGGUUCUGUGUCACGAGACGCUCGUACUUCUCUCCCAACAGAUGAUUGUGUACAUGUUUCCAGAUAUGCUUAGAUGAUGGAAGAUCGAAAUGCCCUUAAUUAGUAGUUGGCUUACUUAUUCUUAGAGCAACGAUUGUGACACUACAUGUACAUGUCUUGUCCGUCCCACUGGCCACCUCUGUCAGCUUCAUCAGGAGCGGAGAGUGAUGUGUAAAAUAUGUUGUGCAAUUUGCAACGAUUCCUGAGAAAUUCGAGAGGCUCACGGGCCGGUACCACAAUGGAGAUCUUUGCACUGG